AUGAGCGUGCCCAAAGUCGCAUUAAUCACCGGAGCCUCGCGUGGCGUUGGCGCAGCUGUUGCAAGAGCCCUAGCCGCCCAAGGCGACACGCGCGUUGUCGUCAACUACCAUAGCAAUGCAUCAGCUGCGAACCAGCUGCUCGAUGAGCUCAAUAAGAUACAGGCUUCCUCGUGUAAUCGGGCUUCCAGAGAUCCGGGACCAUGCUUCAUCGCUAUUCAGGCCGACACAUCCAACCGCGAGCAAAUGGCCAGUCUGGUCCAGCAAACAAUCAAUCAGAUGGGCCGACUGGAUAUCGUCGUCUCAAACGUUGGCUGGACACGAAUGACGGAUUUCAUGAACCUCGAUGAUGCGGACAGCGAGGCCGACUGGGAUCGAUGCUUCGAUGUCAACGUCAAGAGCCAUUUCCGUCUCUUCCGGGCCUGUCAACCUCAUCUGGAAGCUAGUGAGGGAGUUUUCAUCGCGACUGCAAGUGUAGCGGGGGUGAAGCCGAGUGGAAGCUCAUUGCCCUACGCGGUGACCAAGGCGGCGCUUAUCCACCUCGUCAAGAGUCUCGCGAUCAUUGCUGGUCCGAAAAUCCGUGUAAAUUCGGUGUCACCUGGUGUGCUAAUGACAGACUGGGGGCGAGGCUUCCCGACUGAAAAGAUAAAGGCAGUGGAGGAGAAGAAUGUGUUGAAGCGGCUUGCCACACCAGAGGAUGUGGCAGAGCAGGUCCGAUUUCUGGCGACCUCUCGUUCGAUUACUGGGACGAACACCGUCAUUGAUGCUGGGUUCAGUCUUUAG